AUGGGCUAUCCACUCAAUGAUGGCGGAACAUUCUUGCUUGAUGUAGAUGCAUCUGGCCUGGGAAUAGGUGGCGUACUGUCGCAAGAACAAGAAGGUCGUGAGCGGGUCAUCUCUUACGCAAGCAGAGCUAUGAACCGUGCUGAAAGAAAGUAUCGCCCUGGCACAAAGCAGGCACACUGUGAUGCACUUUCACGGUGUGAGAGUCCUAGAGACUGUUCCUGUGACCAGGUGGACAUGAGCGAGCCCCUCAAAUGCGGUCCAUGUUCGAAGUGUCAGCGCAGAGCGGAAAUCAUGCUGGCUAGCUGGAAACCCCCUAUUCUCGAAGAGAGAGCAGAUGUCAGGUCAGGUGAAAAGAGCAGCGAUGAUAGCACCCCGGGUAACAUCUCAAGAGUGGUGACAAGAGCCAAGGCCUGGAUGGGAACAUACUCUCCACAGGAAAUGGCAAGGCUUCAAAAUUCUGACCCCUGCAUCGGUCCUGUAAAGUCCUUGUUCAAAGAACAAAGAAGGCCAUCCAGAGACGAUACAGCCUACUGGAGCCCUGAAGCACGACACUACGUACUGAUGUGGGAGCAGCUCCACCUAGACGAUGAUGUGCUGUACCUCAAGUGUCCGUUCAAUGGGGUAUCCGUCAAACGUUUGGUGGUGCCCACUCAGCUGAGGACCAAUCUGAUUGGCCAGAUGCACGACACCGUUGUAGGAGGACACCAGGGUAUCACACGCACAAAGGCGAACAUCACCAAGUUGCAUUACUGGUACGACCUCAAGACCGACGUGAAGUUGUAUGUCCAGCAAUGUGAUGUCUGUGAAGCAAAUAAGAAACCACAGCGUCUACCUCGAGCUCCAAUGGGCCACCUGAAGUCAGGAGCUCCAUGGGAUCUUCUCUGCAUGGACUUCCUGGGUCCUCUGUCCGUAACAUCUAGAGGUAUCCGGUUCAUCCUGGUCAUGAGCGACUACUUUACGAAGUAUGUUGAGGUCAUCCCCGUAGCCGAUCAAACCGCGGAAACCUGUGCCAAUGCGGUCAUUGAGCAUUUCAUCGCACGAUGA